AUGGAAACAGUUGAGGCUCUUGCCCUCGUAGCCGCCGUGCUCUUCUGCCUAGCCGUCCUCCGGCGAAGCACCAGUCCUGCCGUCCAGCUGGUCAGGGACCCUGCCGUUGCCCACCGCCUCCUCAAUGAGAACGCCGACGCUUUAUCGAACCGGCCGUCCGCUGGCCUUCUCACUGCUCUGGCGACCUGGACUCGCCGUCCGGAUCGGACAGAGACCAUAUCGACCUCGACCUACGGCUCGCACUGGCGAUCGCUCCGGUCCAACCUCACCGCCGGCUUCCUCAGCCCCUCGCGCCUCGCCGCCCUCGCCCCGCUGCAGCGCGACGCCGCCCAAGACCUCGUCACCGGCUUGUCCGCGGGAGAGGUGGUCAUGCGGGAACACCUCGACCGCGCCAUGUUUGCGAUGGCCACGCGGCUGUGCUUCGGCGACGGCGUGGAGGAGAGCUGCGUGCGCGCCAUGCAGCGCGUGAUGGACGACAUCACGCAAGCCAUGGACGACACAGUCUCGUUCGACGGCUCGACGCUGGGCAAGAUCACGCACUGGAGGACGCUGCGCCGUCUAUUCGGCUUGUUUGUCCCGCUGGGCGUGCUGGUGCGCCCACUCAUCGCGGCGGCGCGGGCACGCAAGAACACCGAGUCCCGGCACUCGUACGUGGACUCGCUCAUCGACAUCCGCAUCCCCAACGACGUCGACGCCAAACGUGCGCUCGAAGACGACGAGAUCCUGGGCCUCGUGGCCGAGUUCCUCGCCACCAACACUGGGGUGAUCGUGGCCUGCCUCGAGUGGACACUCGCCAACCUGGCCAUCCAGCCGGAGGUCCAGAAAAAGCUGCGCCGCGAGAUCGACGAGGCGGUGGAAGGUGAGGCCAAUGCAUGGCUAUCCGAGAAGGCCCUCCGCGACAUGCCGUACCUGCGUGCCGUCGUGCUCGAGAGCCUCCGCGUGCACCCGCCUUCGCCGUUCGUCACGCGCGGCGUCCACGACCUCGCGUCAGCGGCUUCCGGAGCGACCGGCAGGCUGAGAAAGAGGAUCAUCUUCAUGGUGCGGGACAUUGGAAGGCACGGGAGUGCGUGGACGGAGCCAGACCAGUUCAGGCCGGAGCGGUUCCUGCCGGGAGGCGAGGCGGAGGACGUCGGCCAGAUGCCGGGGCGGAGCGAGAUCAGGAUGAUGCCGUUCGGAGGCGGGAGGAGGUUCUGCCCGGGAUCCAAUAUGGCGAUGCUGCAGGCCAAGUUCUUCCUGGCCGCGCUCGUGCGACACUUUGAGUUCGCGCCGCCCAGCUGCGGCGUCGACCUCACGGAGGUGGGUGGGUUCAACAACGUGAUGAAGAAGCCGCUGCGUGUGCGCGUCACUCGGCGCGCGUUGCCCUAGACCUAAACAGAGCUAUCUAUGGUAAGGAAAUAAGUGGUCAGCCACAACUUGCCUUCUCUUGCGAUAACUAUAGUGGAGCAGAUUAAUUGGCUGGUUAAUUUCUGCAGUUUGCCAUGGGUCCAGAAAAUGAUGUACUCCUAUAUGGUUUUGCUAAGAGAGUACCCAGUCAAGUUCUACACCG